ACAGCUGGUGGUUUCUCUCAGCGAGGACUUUCGGCUUGAUUAAGCGGCGUCGGCAGGAAUAACAAAAUUAAAAAGAAAAAGUUCUAAUUUGAAUUAAGGACGUUUUGAUUCGAGUCGCCGCUGCUUCCCCGACGCGUACCGGGAAAUGUCACCCGGUGUAAACGGCACUUUUACCCGGCCGGUUGUUAAGUCACGCACUAGCUCGUUUAAGCUACCGAGGAGUGACGCUCGCGCAGCCGGCGGCUAACCGCCCGCUAGUUCCAGUUAGCCGACUUUGCGCUCCCAUAGCAACAAACCACCAACGUGCCAACGGGCGGCUUCCUGACAGUUAGCCUCGGGGCGAGUCUUAUUCCGUGGUGUUUUUCCCGGUUUGGGUUACACUAUCAACAUGUCUCAUAUUCACUACAAAUUCUCCUCCAAACUCGACUACGACACGGUGGUUUUCGACCGCCUGUACGUCAGCCUGAAGGACCUGAAGAGCCAGAUCAUGGGCAGGGAGAAGCUGCGAGUCGGGGACUGCGACCUGCAGAUCACCAACGCGCAGAGCAAAGAAGAGUACAAAGAUGACGACUGUUCGAUACCCAAAGGCUCCUCCGUCAUCGUCAGGAGGAUCCCGGUCAUCGGCGGGAAGUCCAGCUCGAGCAAGACGCGCCACAUCGAGCGAUCCGAUGUCCAGACUCACCAAGCCUUUGGAGCCUACAAAGCCAUGGACGACCAGAGCUCCUCCAGAGCCGUGCCGUUUUUCGCUCAGAUUGCUAACCUGGCCGAUGUGGAUGGGUCUGAGGAGGAUAAGAUCAAAGCGAUGAUGACUCAGUCCAGCUACGGCACCUUGAAUUACACCAAGAAGUUUGGGACUGUGCUGCCUGCCAACUACACCUGUUACCGCUGUGGUAACACCGGACACCACAUCAGGAACUGUCCCGUCAACGUGCAGGAUAAAAACUUCCAAGCCCCCACGAGAAUUAAGAAGAGCACGGGUAUCCCCCGGUCCUUCAUGGUGGAGGUGGACGACCCCAACACCAAGGGAGCCAUGCUGACCAGCUGCGGGCGCUACGCCGUUCCCACCAUCGACAUCGCGGCGUACGCCAUCGGCAAGAAGGAGCGGCCGCCGUUCCUCCCCCAGGAGCAGCCGGAGACGGAGGAGGAGGAGGACCCUGUAUCGGAGGAGCUCCUCUGUCUGCUCUGUCACGACCUGCUGAGCGACGCCGUGGUCAUACCCUGCUGCGGGAACAGCUACUGUGACGACUGUAUUCGCACCGCCCUCCUGGAUUCAGAGGACCACGUCUGCCCCACCUGCAGCCAACCGGACGUCUCCCCCGACAACCUGAUAGCCAAUAAGUUCCUUCGACAGGCUGUGGACUAUUUUAAGAAGGAGCAAGGCGUCUCUAAAAGUCAGAAGAAAGGGUGCGGCCCCUCCCAAUCCCAAAACCCCACCCUGACGCCGAGCCCCGUCCCGACCCCGCCCCCGGUCGGCGAGCCCAGCCUGCCGCGGAAGCCUCCCCCGUCGACCAGCAGCCAGCUGGACCCUCUCCUGCACCACUCACAGGCUGCACACACACCACCGCCAGUGGCUCAGGUGUGUGUGGCUCCGCCCACAGCAACAGGCCCCGCCUCCUCUGCUCCCACCGCUUCCCUGCAGCCUGUGCAAAGCCACCUGGAGGAACCCGACAAAGAGGCUGAAGAAAAGACCAGCGAUGACUCAGCGGCUGCCGCCACCCCGUCUGUACCGGUUUCACCCAAAGACCCCACUGACGCCCCAUCACAGCUGAUACCCGUAGCGAAGCUUCCUCCUCUGAUGGAGCCGCCGCAGACGGUCGGGCUGAAUGUCGAGCCGCCACCUUCAGCCACAGGUCCGGCCCCAAAACCCUCGGCGCCGCCAACGUCCUGGGAAAGCUCCUCCUCCUCCUCACUCUGUCCCCCUGGAGGCUGGAAUGAAUCCACCGCCCAGCAGCCUCCUCCCUCUGUUUCCUCAUAUCCCUCAACUCCUCCUCCUCCUCUCUUUCCCUCCCCUCAUUUUCACACAUUCCUCGCCGCUCAGCAGCCUCUCCCCGGUUACCCCCCGGGGUACCCGCCGACUCCCCCCCUCUGGGCACUCCCAAACCUCCAGGGGUCCCCUAUCCCGUCCCUCUGCCCCUUGGCCUCCAUCCCCGCCCUCAUCCCCAGUGAGUGGUUCCAGCAUCAGAGAAAGAAGGAAAGGUCACCUCACGGAGGAUCUUCCCACAGACGCUCCUCCUCUCGCUCUGAGAAGUUCAAGUCUUCUCGCUCCUCGAGCAGGUCCCGGUCCCGGUCCCACGGCAGAUCCAGGCCUCACUCGCCUUACUCCCGCCGCGGAGACCUCCACAGCCGCUCCACUUCCUCCCGCUCCUACAGCUACGGCUACAAACGUUCCCCCACGCCGUCCUCGUCCUCUUCGCCCCGAGUCGGCUACCGCUCCAGGCCCAAGGCGGCGGCGGCGGCGGAUCGCGGCAAGAGCGUCAGCCGCAGUCGGCACCACAGCAAGAAAUCGUCUUCGAGCAGCUACGGCACCAGGAGGCAGGGAGGAGAACAUCACCAGAGGGAGGCGAGACCCUCGGGGGGCAGUUUACCCGGACAGCUGCACGCUCAGCGGGCCAAUCAGAGCGGCGGCCAGGAGCUGGACCGAGAGCGCUACCUGCAGUGGAACCGGGACUACAAAGAGUGGUGCGAUAAAUAUUUCAGCAGCUACGUCGGCCACUUCCACCAGCUGCCUGUCCCCCUCCUCAAUAUCCCCCCUCCUCCGCAGUGGGGGGGGGGCGGCGAAGGAGGCGGGGACGCCCCGGACUCUCGCGGGCGCGCCGCUCGGCCGGAACGCCGCUCGCCUCGGUCGUCCAGCGACAGCCGCUCCCUUCCCUCUCGGUCUUCGAGGGACAGCCGCUCCACGCCGUCUCGGUCGUCCAGCGACAGCCGCUCCUCUCCGUCUCGCUCGUCCGACGGCAGCCGGUCGUCUCGGUCGUCCGGCUCCACGCCGUCCAAAGACGGAGCUCCGCGCGCCGAGAGGGCCGGCCGCCGCUCGGUCCCGCUCGCAAAGGGCGGUAAGGUCGCGGAACCGCGAGAGGGUCGCGAGGACGAGAAGAAGGCAACCGGCGAGGGUUUGGAGAACCUCGCCACCGUGAAACACGAGCAGGAGGAGAAGAACGGAGGAGAAGAGGAGUCGUCCUCCCCUGAUGCCGCAGACUCCACGGACGCCUGCAGGAAGGACGAGAGGAGACGCAGCACCGGGCCAGAUGCCUUCAAGGACGGCCCUCCAGCGCGGGACGAAGCAGCUGCCGGCGACGCCGUGGAGUCGGCGCAACCGCUCCUCAAACCCGACAAACGUUCGGAUAAAGACGACGAGAGAAAAAGCCGAGCGCACAGGACUUCGGACAAGGAGACGGGACGGAGAAGAGGCCGGCGCUCGGACUCCAGGCCGGAGGAGGAGAGGCGGCACAAGGAAAAGAAAAGCAGAGAGCGAGACGCGCCGGAUGCCGACUCGAGAUCAGAGAGGAGCAGGAAAAGAAAAGGAGAGGACGUCAAGAGAAGCUCUCUGAAGGUUGAAAACAGCAAAAGCCUGAAAACUAACACGGCGGAGGACCCCAAACCCCGCAGGAGCGAAUCCCCGAAUCCAUUCGAUAGAAAGAAGCCCAAAAUGGAGAAGAAAAAAGAGAGAAAAACAUGGCCGCUGACGGAGAGGGACAUCUGGGAGGGAGGGAUACCGGUGAAACCACAGAAGAAGAUCAACAUCAACAUCAACAUCAACCUGGAUGGAAACAGGAAGGAAGAGGGAACUGAAAAAGAGCAGCUGUUUUAUAUAGAGAAAACAAAGAUGGCUGCUAAUGGAGAGACGGAGAAUGACGAUGAAGACGUGGACGGAGCGUCUGAAGAGAAGAUCACACCAGAUGAAGGAGAUGCAAGACAGAAAUGGGAGAAGGCGACUUUCAGAGAUGAUGAGGGAGAAAUGUUGGAGAAAAAAGACCUCGGAGAGAAGAAGGAGGACUUUGACUUCUGGCAUAGCGCCCCCAGAGGAGAAGAGGAGACGACGAAGGAGAGUGAAAAGCAGGGGGAUGAAAGAGACGGGAUGGAGGCCAGUAAAGGAGAAGAGCUGAGCGACGAGAGGGGAGUGGAGGCGGGGCCGGCGAUGGCAGAAAGCACCUGCGAGGAGAACAGAGACGACCUGCCGGGGGAGUCAAAGGAGGAAGAGGAGGAGGAAGAGGAGGACACGCUGGGGUCCCAGAGGAGCAGAAACCAGAACCACCGAGACGGACCCAACUCCUCGGUGGACCACGGCAGCUCCGGGGGUCCGCGGCAGCAGAGCCCGAUGGUGAAAGCUCUGGAGGAGGAACACGCUGAGGUCGUAAAGGUCCCUCGCACCAAGCGGGAGGAAGAAGAGCGCCGUGAGGGCGUGGCCAAAGCUCAAGCGGACGCUCUUGCAUCGUCUUUGCCUUCAGAGACGAGAACCAACAGGGACUGGCAGAAGGAAGAAAAGCGAGAGAGGUCAGUGGAAAGGGAGAGAGGAAGGGAGAGAGAGAAAAGCCCCCACCGUCGUGUGGCUCCCUCUAGUGGCAAGGACAGAAAUGACAGCGCUGCGUAUUCAGACAGGGAGAGACGGAGGGAUAGAGUGAGGGAGAGGCCGAGGGAGAGAGAGAGCAAAAGAUCAAGGGAGGGAGAGAAAGGGAGAGACGGGGAGCAACAGAGGAACCCCCCGUCCUCCUCUCAUUCCAAGUCACACGACACGGAGAGGAGAGACGCCAAGAGUUCACCUCCACUCAGCAGGAAAUGCUCCGGUGGAAGAAGACGGGAAAGCAGAGCCCUCGAGCUGCCGGAGCGAAGCACACACACAUCCAAGUGUCAGCACGAAGACCACCGGCAGGAUCCACCGGGGUGCUCCAGACCGCCAGGGGCCCGCCUCUCCCCCCCUCCCCCCUCUCAGAGUCACGAGAGAGACCCAGACUUCACGCCGAACAAAACGGUUGAAAAGGAAGAGUGGAAGCUGAGGCCGGGCAGAGAAGAAGGCACCAACGGGGAGACGGUGGCCGUGAGAGCAGGAGGUGGUCCAUGGGAGGAGGAAGAGGGGGAGUAAGAGAUGGAGGAAGGCGGGAGGCCCAGCAGCAAGCCAGCAGGACGGCAGGAGGAAAGAGAGAAGAAGAGGUGCGAGUUCCUGCUGGAGGACGGGGGGGCGAAGAAGCGCCAGAAGACGGCGAGCGGCGGGGACGACCACGAGGAGCUCGGCGCCGCCACCGCGUCUUGGGAGAAGAAGAAGAAGAGACGGCGUCUUUACUUGAAUGAUGUUUUUUUUCUUUCUAUGUCCGAAAAAAAAAGUGCCUGGAUUUAUUUUGCCAACUUAAUAAUAUUCUGCCAGGAUACUUUCAGUAUCGCCUUAAGAAAUGUAGGAAAAGCACUUUAUACCAAAAAUAAGAAAACGAAUGAAAGACAUAAUAUUGUGAUUAUUGUUAUCCUCAGGACGGCCGCAGCGUCUCCUGAACGUUACAGCUCGUUACAUUUAGACGAGACCCUCUGAUUGCGUACGGAGGAUUAUGACUGGAGAGAGUUUGUGAUUUCAUUUGGAAAACGCACUGUGAAUAUUUAUGAUUUGAACCUCUUGUGUCGUAUUUUUGUUUUUAUUUUGAAUUUUGUAAAUGUUUAAUUUAAAGAAAAAGCUGCUGGGUGGAUGAAUAAUUAACCAAAGAGGAACGUUUUAUUUAGUUUUCCUGUUUUUGAAGGAAAUUAAAAAAAAGUAAACAUCCAGAA